GUUGCGUGUUUGCGCUCUUCCAAUGCUGUCGUUACCACAUUUACCAGAUGCUACGCGCAACCGCAUCUCUGGCCUUUUUGCGACCUCGACUGCCCACCACAAGCGUGAGUCGUCGUGGUGUACAACCACGAUGACGAGCCUACAUUCGCUCCGAACUUAUGGUCGUCGACUCAGUGACAUCCCUGUAUCUCGUCUGCCGAACGUGACCGAAUUGGAGAUCAAGUACUUGAACACUUCCAACGGUUACGCCGGUCUCGGCGCUGCGCUCGGCGAGCUUCCUCAGCUACGAUCGUUGUCCCUGAUGAACAUUCAACGUAGCUGGGUUCGGACCAACGUGUUCUCAGAAGUCGCAUCUGCCAUGCCGCUUUUACCCAACCUCAGCGCCCUCGCUAUCAAUCAUACCUAUUGCCUCGACAGGUUUCCGCCAUCCACCGUUCCCUUGUUCUGCAAGAUCCUCCGGGGCCAUGCCAAGCUUCGUCGAGUGUACUGGAACUACGCUCUUGACUCGAGCGAUCUCGUGACAUAUAUGGAGAUGAUAGCAACGCACACAGACCUCGAGGCCUUCCACAUCUCGGUGUGGGAUGGGCUGACUGAUUCGCUCCUCUCGUUCGUCUGUCGACACCUUUCCCCGCAGCUUUCCAUCCUGUCGCUCUCGAGUGUAAGAAACGGGUGCUCCGAUGAUCGGACAAUAUUCAGUGGUUUGUGGACGUACUUCACGGACCUCAGCUUUCUGAGCGUGCAGAUCCAUGGGGGCUUGAACACGGCCGUGACGGUGCAGGACGUGAUACGCGGUGCGAGACGCGUGCAGGUAGUGGGCCUUGAAGUGGGCUAUGUCGGGCAAUUUCGCGAGGUCAUAUACCCAAAUGGCGAGCCCGUUUUGCUGCCCGCUUGGCCAGCUCGCAAGAUCAAAUUGUACGAGAUUGAGGAUUUCGGCUGCGAGAGCUGGGACUGGUUCAUGCGGCACCACCUCUUCUAACACUGACUGCAGUGUAUUCUACGGAUACAUUCUUUCACCGGGAUUGAUAUUCGCCUGUGGCCAUGAGGCACCGAAGAGAGCGGCCUAGUUGUAUUGCGAGAGAUCUGCUAUUCUCAUUUCCGUCUGCUACGUUCAUGCUGAUAUGCCUUCUAUCUUUGUAGUAUUAUGCCAUCUUGUAACCGUAGCACUCGCCGGGUAAGUAGAGAUUGAGCCCGAUGAAUCGAAGUACUCGCUGUCUUACCCUCAAUGUACGAGUUACCGGAGC